AUGCCCAAACACUGCGUAGCCCCGAGCUGCUCCAACACUGCGAGCCGAGUGGGCGCGGAUGACCGCCCGGGGAGCGUCUACAUGAAGAAUGGGAAUCUGAAGAUCUUCCUUGCCCUUUGCAAUUUGACUGCCACUGAAGGGCGGCCCACGGCUUCCGGCCUGGGCCGCGAGCACUGGGUGCCCGGCCGCCACCAGCGCCGGGGCCGCGAGCACUUGGCACCCUCCUGCUUCCAGUGACGCUGGGGCGUGCGGCCCGACGCGGUGCCCACCAUCCUCCCCCGGACAGCUGCUGGACACCCCUCGCGGCCCCUGGGCCCGGCGUGUGCCGCGGGCGUGAGGGCUUACCAGGCAACGCGCCGAUCCCCCAGCACCGCGGAAAGAAACCCGCAGAGCGCAGGCCAGACCACCUUUGGUGGGAAUGGGCCAUGA